UGUUGAAGUAAGUUUACAUACUCGAGUGUACAUGUACGUGUCCGUGCAAAACAUUUCCCAACAGGAUGUUCGUUCCGCGCUACUCGGAAAUGAAACGCCACAUAUUUUCCCCUUCCUGUUCGUGUUGAAGCAUUUACAGGGGACUUAAGGCACCACUCAGCCCCCCCCCUCCCCCCUUGACCUGACGAAGACAGCGAACGUGCCUCCACCCCCCCCACCCCACCCCGCUCCCACCACCUCUGACCCGCUGCGGAGGAAUGAGCCAGGCGAGCCCGAAGCGAGAGGGUGUUGACCCCACAGCUCUGAGGGACCAGCUCUUUGACCUGUGGACCCGCAAGGAAUUGGAGGCGCUGCGUGCCACUGCCCAGCAUGGCUUCUCCUCCCUGGGGGAGCCUCUGGCAGGUCUGUUGGAGCUCUUGGAGGGCUGCCCGGGCAAGCAGAAGGGCAGGGCCUCCACCCUGGGGCACUGCAUCCUGCAGGAGUUUGAACGCUGGAGACGCCAACACCCACAGGUGCAGAGCUCCACAGAUGUCUGGAGCCAGGUGAGCCUCCAGGCCUUGCCAGAGGGCCAGGCUGUGGGCCUGCAGCUCCGGGCCCUGGGGCUCCUCACCGACGCCCAGCCCAGCUACAUGGAGCCCCUGCUGGACCUGUACCAGCUGGGCUCCCUGGACCCAGUCCUGCUCAGGCAACACAUCACCAGGCUGCAGGCCCUCUGCUGCUACAGGGAGGCUGCUAUACUGAGCGCCAAACUCAAACUACAGAGAGAGCUCAAUAUGGAGGAGGUGUGUGUGCCCCUGAUCCUGCAUGACAAGCUCCAAGUGGCAGAGUCCUGGGUGGCUGGUCACCCUGACCUGGAGAAGCGUCUGGUCAUUCUGCUGGACUCGUGGUGCCAGCCCAGCUUUAACCCAGCUCAGCUCCAAAGGCAGUUCCCCAACUUGAGUCUGUCCAAACACCAGACGGACCAGAUCCAAGCUAAGCUGCUUAGCAAGCAGGUGUUCAGACUGAUGGACAAGUUCAGUAUCGACCCAGGACUGUGUCCCAACUCUGUGUACAAGCGUAAGCUCGACAGCCUCCGGUUCCUCAUGUACAAGAGGUUUGUGGAGAAGGGCAUGUCUGAGGAGAACUGGAAGGACCAUGUUCAGUCCACAGUGGGGGGGUGUCCAGAGCUGCAGGUCCAUCUGGUGGAGCUAGUUCUGAAGCACAGCGGGCUCCAGAGCGCCGCCCAGUGGUCACUUCAGUACGGCGUCCCCAGAGACAGGCUGCCAUUCGGGGUUUGGGACGCCCAGCAGAGCCUGCCAGCCUCGCUGAGGCAUGUGUGUGGGAACGACUCUCCCCAGAGCGAAGAGUGGGACCCUCCCCUGUCUCACCGGGAUAGGUUCUACCAGCUGCCAAUCACCCGAGACAACGUCCAUUUCCUGGAUACACAGGACGGACUGCAGCUCUGCCAAGACAUCAUACAGGCGGGGCGUGUGGUAGGUGUGGACAUGGAGUGGAGGGCUGGCUUCGGCACCGUCAAGACCCAGCAUGUGACUCUGAUCCAGCUGGCCGUUCAGGGACAGGUGUUCCUGCUGGACUUGUGUGCCGACGGGUUCUGUCAGCACAGUGGAACCGUCCGGUUUAUCAGAACCCUCUUUUCAGAACCCAAAGUUCUUAAGCUGGGUUAUGGGAUGUCAGGGGAUCUGAAGUCCCUUCUGGCCACCUGGCCUCAGUUCACUGAGGAGCCUCUGAAGACAGAGGGGGUGCUGGACCUUCUCAAUGUUCACCAGCAGAUACAACGCAGCGGCCGCGGGAGGAGCGGGGCUUCGCGGAGUGUUCUGGUGGGGGACGGGCCAGCAGAGAAGGGCCUCAGCUUAUUGGUCCAGCAGAUUCUGGGCCGGCCCCUGGACAAGAUAGAGCAGCUGUCUAACUGGGAGAGACGACCCCUCCGCACCAGCCAGUUACGAUAUGCAGCGGCUGACGCCUACUGCCUACUGGAGGUGUACUCCACCCUCUCUAAGGACCCGGCAUGCUUCGGGCUGCCGGCCGACCUGCACUCCGUCUCCUCCGCCCAGGCGGGGAAGAAAACUAAAGAGAACAGGAAGCGGAAAGAGAAGGCCAAACAGGCUCGCCAGAGAGAGGAACGCCAGUGUGGAGGGGGUCCUUCGCCGGCCCAAGCCCUGGAGGCGAGGAGCCCUCUGGCUGGGGAAGCCGGGGCGUGUGUGGGCCCCCCCAUGUCCCCCCAGCAGCUGAAGGUGGUGUGUGACAACAUGCUGCAGGGGCUGGGGAGGUGCCUGCGCUCUCUGGGGGUGGAUGUGCGGAUGCUGGAGAACACUGAUGACCACCGAGUAGCAGCACAGCUUGCUCAGUCAGAGGGCAGAGUCAUUCUCACCUGUGGACAGCCCUUCCACACCCUGAGGUCUCAGGUAGGCGAGGGCCGGUGUCUGGCGCUGGACUGUUCAGAGAAGGCCAAAGACCAGGCCAUCAGGGUCCUCCAGCACUUUAACAUCCAGCCCACCAAGUCUGACAUCUUCAGCCGCUGUCAGGUGUGCAACAGUGACGAGUACAUGAAGAUGCCCAGAGAAGACAUGGAACUACUCCUCAGAAAGAGAGGUUUUCUAACGGGCCAGGCUGUAGGUGGACAGGAAGGAGUAACCUGGGAAGAGGAAGUAGGCUGUGACCUUGUGCUUCCGGCACCGUCUGACUCCCCCAAGUACACCCCUCAGUGUCGCUGGGCUCCCUUGUCCCACCUGGACCCCUGCACCCUCACCUUCCCUGGAGGGGCUGCCCUCCAGAUCCACAGCGUUCCCCCCACCCUCCUACCCAGAAUACAGCAGUUCUACAUCUGCACAGGCUGUGGCAAAGUGUUCUGGGAAGGCUCGCACUUCAGCCGUGUCAUCUCACAGUUCCAGGAAGUACUUCGUGUCUCAGAGGAAGACGGGGACGGGGAAUGGAAGGAGACUCUGGACCAAAAAAUGGGAACCGGUACCACGCCCAUUGCCAGGCAGAACAAGAACUAAUGGAGAUGUUCUUGACGAUGGCGCUUCUACCCUGGAGUGGGCUAUCCAUCGAUAUAUCUAUCAAGUUGAGAAUACUAAAUCAGUUAUCCACCUUUGGAGACAAAGUGUUUUUACGUUUUUAGAUUGUUUUAGAUCUUCUAUAUGGCUGAUAAGUCAUGGCCUUCCUACAUUGUCAUAUCUUGAUAUAUUUUACUUUUGAAACAAAAUCAGUUGGGUUUUUUUAUGAUUAAAACAAGGAUGCAUUGUU